AGCGCCCGCAAGCAUUGGAACCCACUAUGAUGACUGGUUACACCUGAAUGUCAAAGUUCGUUUACCAAUAAACAACUUUUUUAUUUUAUUUUAUUUUAUCGAAUUUUGGUGCUUUCGCGCGGGCGAGAUUCGGCUUCUUUUUCCUUCUUCUCUCACUCUAUUAACUAGUUAAUAAUGGCCCCUAAAAAAAAGAAGACGAAACCAGCAGCCAAUCCGGCUCGGGGCUUUGCUACCACUUCGAUCGCUUCAAAACCGAAACCGAGAGCUGAAAUUGAUAAAGAACCGGCGCAAACCGCUGCUGCUAACGAGGGAGGAAAGCUUGAUGCCCCUCCAACGCCGUCAUCUCGCGAUCCUAACCCCCCACCAUCGAAUUCCAACUCUGACAACGCACCCAAUACUUCCCAAAAAAAGGAUUUAAGCCCGGAAGAGUUCGAGAGGCAGCUAGAAGAAUCCGAGCUGCAGCUUCUAGUCGAGAAACAUGCCCAGAAAGUAAAGAGGGACGCCCAACGCCAAAAGUCUAGACUCGAGACCGACCGUCGGCUACUUCGCGGGCAGGCAGAGCCUUUAAAUACGAGAAAAUGGCUACCUCAAGAGCUGAUGGAUCAUAUCUUAGACUUGAUCCAGGCUGAAAAUCGCUUCGGCGCAUCCUCGCUGGCCCCUGAAGGUGCGAAUAGCAGCGGCAAACUACCCUCAGAGGAAGAUUUGGUGAUCAAGUUGUGGACCCUGCAGCAGACCUUGACGGGCGCCAACUUCCCCGAGGACAAGGUAAAAGCUGUAUUACAACACGUGCUCGACAUUGCCGCCACUAUAGGUAGCACGAGUAAGGAUAACAUUUGGGGUUUGGAGGAAGCUCUAGACUGGCUCGCUCGCGAAUGCACGAGAGAUGAGCUUCACGAUUACGAUUACAGGGGUAGGCCCGCAAGGUCCCAAGCAGAUACGCCUGUCGACAGCCCUUUACCGUCCGGAGCGAAUACUCCACGCCUCUUAGAAGUCAACAACGGACAGAAGCCUUCCAAUUCUAAAAAUGGAGCGCUUAAUCUGAAAUCGACAGCUUCGAAGAAAGUUGCUAUCGUCUGCCACGAAGAUAUCGAGCCUGACGAUCUCAUCCCUGCUUAUCUCGAAACUAAGGCAAAAUUAUUCCAUCUUCAGAGGCCGAAGCAAGAUAACAAAAAGAGGAAGCCGGCUAAGAAUCAGAAAUCGAACAGCGCGAUACAAUCUGCAGCGGAACUGUCAGGCGACGAUUUAGAAGAGGCCAAGCUGCUGGCAAAAAUUGAAAAAAUCGAGCAAGACGUACUUUUUGAUAAGUUCUUGGCCGAGCAGAAAUGGCGAGCAGAUCAGAUAGAGUUGGAAAAAGAAUUCGCCGCCAAAAAGAAGGCGGAGGCGGAGGCGCGGGCGCAAGCAGAAGAGGAAGCAAAGGAAAAAGCGGAAGAGGAUGCUGCUGCUCCCGACGCGCAGUCGGACGAUGACGAGGUUACCAAGGAAGCUCAACGGGUCGCAGCGGAGAUCUUGCAGCAGGAUGGCUCCGAUGAUGAUCAAGCUCUAUCCGAUCUUUUCGCAAGUCUACCCGUUCAAGAGACCGACGCUGUAACGGGAAAGACGGCUACCGUAAUCACCGGAGCCGAUGGAGUUAAGAUUACGAUUCGGGACUUUGGUAAGUGGACGGGCAUCAGCCCGAUGCGCGUUUUAGAGGAAGCUUGUCGAUCAAGGGACACUUCCGUAAAAAUCAUAUAUAAACUCGUAUCUGAAAAUGCAUAUUCCAAUCGUCAUCUAAUCUCUGUCCAAUGGUCCAAAGCCCAAGAGCUUAUACCAGUUCCCGAGAUUCCCUCUAUCGAGAGUGUCAUCUCUCCUCAACAAUUCCUCUUCCAGAUGGCCUCCGUAGCGACCCCGGAUUCUAAGCAGUCCGAAGCAUAUAUUGCCACUUUGGCGCUGUUUGUGAUUUUUGGAUUCACCAAGGAAGAGAAAGUCUUUAUGAGGUUACCUUCUGUCUGGAGAGAACUAUGGUCGGAGCUCGCAGAAGAAAAGAAGAACCGGACCGACGCUGCGGACCGAGCGGCGAUCAAGGAACUCCGCGCAUUAGUUCGUGAAAAGCAUGACCAAGAGCUGGAAGAUGGCGUUCUUCUCCAAGGCGCUUUCAGAGGCCGCGGUUCGCAGCGAGGCACGAACGAAACGGGCGACGAUUCCAACGCGGAGCGAGUCGCGAACGCGGCCGAGCCGGAAUAUUACAAGAGAAUCUGGGCUGAUAAAUCUAGCACGCCGAGAUUCCAAUCUAUGCUGCAAUUCCGAAUGCAACUUCCGAUGUGGCAUUUUAGAGAGCAGGUUCUCAGCGCUAUCGAGCGAGAACAAGUCGUUAUCAUCUGCGGAGAGACGGGAUGCGGUAAGAGUACACAGGUACCAUCAUUCCUCUUAGAACACCAACUAUCUCAAGGCCGGCCGUGCAAGAUUUACUGUACGGAACCUCGACGAAUAUCCGCCAUAUCGCUUGCUCGCCGUGUAAGUGAAGAGCUUGGCGAAGGCAGAGGCGAUCUUGGUACUUCUAGAUCUCUCGUCGGUUACUCCAUCCGUCUAGAAGCGAACACGUCAAAGGAAACUAGAUUAGUUUACGCCACGACCGGUAUAGUGAUGAGAAUGCUUGAAGGUUCCAACGAGCUACGCGAGAUCACUCACCUAGUCCUUGAUGAAGUUCACGAGCGCUCUAUCGAUUCCGAUUUCUUGCUUAUCGUACUCAAGAAGCUGCUGCUUCGUAGAAAAGACUUAAAGGUAGUUCUCAUGUCCGCCACGGUCGACGCGGAGAGGUUCUCCAACUACUUAGGGCGCGCUCCUGUGUUAAACGUGCCCGGUCGCACGUUUCCGGUACAGGUGAAAUACCUGGAAGACGCCCUCGAAGCUACCGGUUACGUACCCGAUCAGUUAAAGCACGAGAAGAUGACAGAUUUAGACGACGAUCCGGCAGAAAUCGAUACUGCUGAUUCAAACUCUGCUACAGCCGCCGCUGCUAAAGAAUUAAGGCAAUAUUCUGCCAGGACGCGGAACACGUUAUCCCAGAUGGACGAGUAUCAAAUCGAUUUUGACCUCAUCGUGCAACUAAUCGGGCGCAUAGCCGUCGAUCCAUCUUACGUAGAUUUUAGCAAGGCGAUAUUAGUAUUUCUCCCGGGUAUUGCAGAGAUCAGAGCUCUAAACGACUCCUUGCUGGGCGAGCCUUUCUUCCAGAGGGGUUGGGAGAUAUUCCCGUUACAUUCCACCAUCGCGACCGAGGACCAGGAGCGAGCGUUCCUUGUUCCUCCGGACGGCGUUAGAAAAAUCGUGCUGGCAACUAAUAUCGCGGAAACGGGUAUCACUAUACCUGAUGUGACUUGCGUUAUCGAUACGGGAAAGCAUCGCGAGAUGAGAUUCGACGAGAGGAGACAACUUUCGCGUCUUAUCGAUACUUUCAUAUCGAGAGCGAAUGCUAAGCAGCGGCGAGGUCGAGCAGGACGUGUUCAGGAAGGUCUAUGCUUCCAUCUCUUUACGAAAUACCGUCACGAUCACUUGAUGAGCGAUCAACAGACGCCAGAAAUGUUACGUCUCUCACUACAGGACUUAGCUAUACGCGUCAAAAUCUGCAAGAUCGGUGGUAUCGAGGAGACUCUUGGAGAAGCGCUUGAUGCGCCUUCCGCGAAGAAUAUCCGAAGAGCUAUAGAUGCUCUUAUCGACGUACGAGCUCUAACGAAUACCGAGGAAUUAACGCCGUUAGGACACCAAUUAGCGAGGCUGCCUCUCGACGUAUUCCUUGGUAAGCUUAUACUUCAAGGCACGAUUUUCAAGUGUCUCGAUAUGGCUAUAACCGUAGCCGCUAUACUAUCGUCAAAAUCACCAUUUACCGCGCCUUUUGGUCAGCGAAGCCAAGCAGAUCAGGCCCGUAAAGCUUUCAGGAGAGGCGAUUCCGAUUUACUUACCGUAUACAACGCAUAUUUGGGUUGGAAGAAGGUGUGCCAGACGUCCAAUAACGACUUCCAAUAUUGCAAAAAGAACUUCUUAUCGCCCCAAACGCUGUCCAACAUCGAGGAUUUGAAGGGCCAGCUACUCGUCGCUCUCGCGGACUCGGGCUUUUUACAGCUGACGGACGAGGAGCGACGCACUCUAAACCGUCUUCGGUAUUCUAACAGGAGGCGCCAAUUUUACGACCUCCCCCAGAGAGUUAAUAUCCACAGCGAUAACGACGUCAUCGCGGCGUCGGUAAUCGCGUGGAGCUUCUACCCGAAGCUCUUGGUGCGCGAAGGGAAGGGAUUCCGUAAUGUCGGAAAUAAUCAGAGCAUCAGCCUGCACCCGUCGAGCGUUAACAAGGGACAUAUGGAGCUGCGGUGGUUAUCUUAUUAUCAUAUUAUGCAGUCCAAGCAGUUCCUCAACGCCCACGAAACUACGGCCGUCGAGAAUUUUGCCAUCGCCUUGUUAUGCGGUGACGUGCGUAUGGAUAUGUACGCAGGCGUCAUCGUACUCGACGGCCACAGGGCGCGCUUUAGCGUACCCGACUGGAAGACGAUGCUCGCGAUCAAGGCGCUGCGAACGCGGCUGCACGACGUGCUCACGCGCUCGUUCCGCAUGCCCGGCAAGCUGCUCACGGCCCAGCAGGAGAAGUGGCUGGACGCCUGGCAGCGAGUCUUCAGCCAGGACUUCGGCAGUAAGGCCUAGGAUGCCGUCCCCACGCCCUGUCCGAAGGCGGUAGGGAUUCUGCGGUUUAGGAAGUGAAAAAAGUCGGCGUU